AUGGACGAAAUCGAGGAACUUAAAGCCAUCCUUAGAGAGCGCAAGGCACUGGAGAAAGAGCUAGAUGAAGCCGAAGAGGAAGCACGACGAGCCGCUGCCGCUGCUGCUGCUGCAGGAGGAGGGGAAGAAGCGGGCGGAGCGGGAGGAUCGGCGGAGAUUGGGGAAGACGGGUUGACCGCGGAGCAGCGCGCGGAGCGGAAGGCGGAGAAGCUGCGGGAGCUACUGGCGAAGCGGGCGCAGGAGCAGGCGGAGAAGCGGCGCGAGGCGGCGGAGCUGUUCGCGUUCGGGCAGCAGGCGUACGGGCGCGGCGUGUACGACAAGAGCGUGGCGAUCCUCGAGCAGGCGCUGGGAAACGUGGAAUUCACGUCGAAACUAGCCGGAGAGAUCCAACUCUGGCUGGCGAUGGCAUAUGAUGCCAACGGGCAGCGCCCUGAAUGUCUAGCUCUGUACCGCAAGCUGGAGAGCAACCACCCCAUGCCCGCCAUCCGCAACCAGGCCGCUAACAUGCGGUAUAUCGCGGAGGCGCCCAAGCUCAAGCUGUCCCCCGAUGAGAUCCUCAAAGUACCGAUAUUGGACAAGGACAACAACAGCUCUGGGCGCACGUGGAGUCAGAUGGUGACUGAGAGACGGCUCAAGGGCAUCAAGAUUUGGAAAACUCCAGCUCAAGAGACUAGUAUAUGGAUGACCCCAUGUCGUUCAACCCGACCGCACCUAUCAACCUCUGCUCACACCCUCACACCCUCCUCUGUGCCACUCUUGCCCUCACCACGGUCCCCCACUCUCCUCGCAUCCCCCCCCCACCAUCUUUCACUGCCGACCCUCCCCAUUGUCCACCCUUUCAACCCUCUCCCCCUCUCCCCGCCAGCUCUGGGCGCACCUCUGGGCGCACGUGGAUGCCAAUUCAACCCCUCAUCACCGUUUCCCCUGCUCCCUUCCCGUCCCCCUCUCCCCCCCUCGCCUCCCACCCUUUCACCCCCCUCCUCUUCUCUCUCUCUCCCUACCCACAGCUCUGGGCGCACGUGGAGUCAGAUGGUGACUGAGAGGCGGCCCAAGCGCAUCAAGAAGCUCAAAAACUCUGGGUCGAGGGACUAUAUGGAUGACCUCAUGUCGUUUAAGCCGCCCAGUGCCACAAUGGCUACAGAGCUUCACGUCUCGCCUCUUUUUGAGUCCACUCACAAACCUCCCAUCCCUGCAUGCCCUCCUGUUCAUGUCGUAUCUCGAUCAGUGCCACAAUGGCUACAGAGCUUCACGUCUCGGCUCUCAGCUGACCUCAGCAGCGCCUUCCCCUCACCCAUCAACCACGUGCUUGUGAAUGAGUACCAUGAGGGACAAGGCAUCAUGCCACACCAGGACGGCCCGGCCUACUUCCCCUGUGUGGCCAUCCUCUCUCUUGGCCUUCCCGGAACCAUGGUGUUCUCUCCACACCAGAGACUUCUGGAGGGAAGCAGUGAGAGCGGCAGAGAGAGCAGCGAGGGUGCUUGUGAGGCGGCUUUGGAUUUGAUGCACGCGCAGCACCAGAGGCUUUUGGAGGGAGGCAGGGAGGAGGUACUCGGUGAAUCUGAGAGGGAAGGAGAUGGGAACGAUGUAAUGGAACGAGAAGAGGCUGGCAAGAAGAAUUCAUCUGGCGAUGCAGUGGUAAUGAGGGAGAGUGUGGCACUGCCCCCUCGCAGCCUGCUGGUGUUCAAGGAUCAAGCUUACACAGAUUACCUUCAUGCGGCUACGGCCUUGACGUUCAAGGAUCCGACGAAUGACACCUCUGGUCUGGCGCGCUACCUGGCUGCUGUGAGCAUUCUCUUCGACCCGGCAUUCUCCAAGCAGGAGCUGCUCUCCAUUGCAGUCACCUCCGACAAAUCAGUCACUGCUACGUGGCGGCUUGGCGGAUACCUCAAGUUCCCUUGGCAACCCAGGGUCGAGCCAUUCACAGGUUCCACUGUAUAUGAGCUGGACGAUGACAACCUAGUGGCGGUGCACAAUGAGUCGUGGAGCAUAUCGCCCAUCACUGCACUCAUCGAGACAUUCACGCCUACAGCAAUGUCGAAGCAGCCGACUGCAGCGCUGCCGCCGUACCCGGAUAGGUUCUACAUCGCGGCUCGGUACGCGGCGAUCCCGGGGACGGUGGACAUUCCCGAGGGCGCGGGCAACUCCACUCAGUAUUCCGACCUCACGUGCCUCGCGCUCUACUCGCUCUACCAGCAGGCAGUACACGGGCCGUGCAACAAGCCCAAGCCAUGGGCGUGGAACAUAGUGGAGCUCGCCAAGUGGCAGAGUUGGACAGAGCUGGGAAAGAUGGCGCCAGUAGAGGCCAUGCGGCUGUUCGUGCGUGCUCUGGAGGAGGAGGACCCAAAUUGGUGGACCAACGCACAACUAAUGGAAGCAACUGAACCGCAUGGAGCAGCAGCAGUAGCAGCAGCGGAGGGGUACGGGCGGGGCUACCCAGAGGGCUACGCUGCUGAGGGUUUCCCUGCCAUGAACGGCGCUGCCUUCCCCCGCGGCCCCCCUGUGGUGGAGGACAUGGGGGUGAUGGCAGUGCUGCGCUCUCACGACUGCAUCAACAAGUGGGUCGCUGCUCCUGUCACUGGGAGGAAACCGUCAGCCCGAUACCAGCACGCAGCGGAGAUACUGGAUGGCAGGAUGUACGUGGUGGGGGGCAACAGGGCGCGGUUCACCAGUGACGUGCAUGUGCUGGACCUUGCUUCUCUCGCCUGGUCCAAGAUGGAGCUCUCCUCGCCUGCAAACGCCCUUCCCCCCUGUGCGGGCCACAGCCUAGUCAUACUAGACGAGGUGACUCUGCUAUGCAUAGGAGGGUUCUUCAAGGACGGUUCAGAGAAGAUGAUAGUGCGGGCACUGGAUGUGAGCACCAAGAUGUGGCGGGUGAUGAAGACUCGCGGCCAAAUACCCUGUGCAAGGGGAGGGCACAGCACGGCUAAAGUGGGGUCGACAGUGUGGGUGUUUGGAGGGGAGGACAGCAAAAGGAGGCUUCUCAACGAUGUGUACAGCCUGGAUCUCACGACCUUCGUGUGGGACAAGCUGGACACCACAGGUACACCCCCGCUCCCCAGGGCGGGCCACACGGCAACGGUGUACAACGAGCACUACCUCACCAUCUUUGGGGGCGGCUCCCACUCCAUGUGCUUCAACGAUGUGCACGUGCUCGACCUGGACGCGGCCGAGUGGUCACUAGCAGAGACCUACGGCAAGGUGCCCUCCCCCAGAGCAGGGCUGGUGGGUGUGGCGUUUGGCAGCCUGUGGUUCAUCAUGGGCGGAGGGGACAACCACGGGGGCGUCUCUGAGACAAUGCUGCUGGAUCUUGACUCGCUGGUGUGGUCUGUGGUUACCACGUCGCUUGAGAAGACACCGCUUGCCUCAGAAGGUCUGUCGGUGGUGCCUGUGGGUACAUCAAUGGGCCCUGUGCUUGUAGCGUUCGGGGGCUAUAACGGGCGGUACAAUAACGAGGUAUUCCUGUUGCUCCCCGACACUGCUGCGCUGCUGAGAGCAGCAGAAGAGGAGGAGGAGGCUGCAGCUGCUGCUACAACCGCCGCCGCUACAACCACUGCAACAACUGCUGCUGCUGCUGCUGCUGCUACAGAUAAUGCUGCUGCUGCUGCUGCUGCUGCUGCUACAGCAGGUUCAGCUUCUCAACCCCCCGCCUCAGCACCAUCUGAAAACAGCAAUUCCCAACCUGCUGACUCCGUCACUGCAUCCUCAGCUCCGGCAGCAGGUUCGGCACCUCCUCCUUCCCUUCCCUCUGGCGCUGCUGCUGCUCUUGGCCCCACUCCUUCCGCACCUGCUGCUAUCCCCCCUCCCGCACCCACUACUGGAAUUCCCCCUGCCACUGCUGCUGGGGGAAAACAGAUAGUCCGAGCAGGAUCUGCAUCCAAUAUCAUUGGUGCCGCCCCUCCAGGUGGAAUCCCAGUUGGAAUCCCAGGUGGAAUCUCAGGUGGAAUUCCAGGUGCUGCUGCUGUUCCAGUGCCUGGGCUUGGGCCGCCGUUGCCAGCAGGAGCAGGGGUGGUGGUGGGGGUGGAGGAUGGAGGGGAGCUGUCCCCCACGUCGAGGGAUGCGGUGCUGCUGGCUCAGCUAGAGGAGGCAGAAGCAGCCGCGACCAGAGCAGAGAAGGUGGCACUCAAUGCACGGGCCGAAGCGAGCCAAACCGCCGCAGAGGCACGUGCAGAUGCAUGGGCUGCCAUUGCCAAGGCGCAGAUGGAGGUGGAUCUGCUGAAGCAGCAGCUAGCAACAGCCAUCAAGGCGAAGCAGCAGGCGGAGGAUGAGAUGGCGGAGGGGCAGGCCAAGGUGGUGGCGGCCCAGGCUGCCUCCGCUAGCGCGCAGGCGGAGGCAGGGCAGAUCAGGAAGGACUUGAACGACUGCAGAAUAAAGGUGCACGAGCUAGAGGCGGAGCUUGCCAAGAAGUCAGGGGCGGAUGGGGGGAUGGCAACGCUGCAAAAGGACUAUGCUGCUGUGAAGAACGCUCUGGCUGAUAUGGAACAGGAGCUGACGACAGCACGUACCACGCUAGCAGCCGAACAAGCACGGUGUUUCCGGCUGGAGGUGGAGGUGGCAGAGUAUCGGCAGCGGCUGGCCGGCAUGGCGGAUCUGGAGAGGGAGGUGGAGCUGCUGCAGAGGCAGCAGGCUGCUGCUGAUGCCAUGGCUGCUGCUGCUGCCG